AAGUGCUUUGAGUUAGGGGUGGGCACUGUAAUGCCACGUUGAUGGAGACCACGGUGGUGGGGACGUGGAAUUUCAGCAGGCUGCAGUUGGGUCCAGUAGCUAGCUAAUGUUAGCUAGCUAAUAAUAAAGCAUUGCAACCAAGAAAGGGGAUCUCAAUUGGCUAACAAUCAAAUAUACUUUAUUAGACCUUAUUAAUAUUUGGGUUGAGUAAACAAAGCAGCGAAUUGGUAAGGAUGAAGCUAAAAGAGAUAAAUCGCACUGCAAUACAGGCCUGGAGCCCAGCACAGCAACACCCUGUCUAUCUGGCUGCUGGCACAUCUGCCCAACAGCUGGAUGCCACCUUCAGCACCAGCGCCUCCCUGGAGAUCUUUGAGCUGGAUCUGGCAGAGCCCACGCUGAGCAUGAAAUCCUGCGGCACCUUCUCCUCCUCUCACAGGUACCACAAACUGGUGUGGGGUCCCCAUGGAAUGGACUCACAGGGUCACCCGUCGGGGGUCCUCAUUGCCGGAGGAGAGAAUGGCAGCCUCAUCCUCUACGACCCCGCAAAGAUAAUUGCAGGGGACAGCGAUGUGAUCAUCUCACAGAACGACAAGCACACAGGGCCAGUACGGGCCCUCGACGUCAACCCAUUUCAGACAAACCUGGUUGCUUCAGGAGGCAAUGAGUCAGAAAUCUACAUCUGGGACCUGAACAACAUUAGCUCUCCAAUGACACCUGGGCCGAAAACUCAGCCCCUGGAGGACAUCAGCUGUGUGGCCUGGAACAGACAGGUACAGCACAUCCUGGCUUCCGCCAGUCCCAGCGGCCGCGCCUCAGUCUGGGACCUAAGGAAGAAUGACCUCAUCAUCAAAGUCAGUGACCACAGUAACAGGAUGCACUGCUCCGGGCUGGCCUGGAACCCGGAGGUGGCUACGCAGCUGGUGCUGGCCUCUGAGGACGACCGUAUGCCCGUCAUCCAGAUGUGGGACCUGCGCUUCGCUACCUCCCCCCUCAAAGUCCUGGAGAACCACACCAGGGGCAUCUUGGCCAUUGCGUGGAGUCUGGCUGAUCCUGAGCUGCUUCUGAGCUGUGGGAAGGACAACAGGAUCCUGUGUUGGAAUCCCAACACUGGCGAGGUGCUGUAUGAGCUUCCCACUAGCACUCAGUGGUGCUUCGACAUCCAGUGGUGCCCGAGGAACCCUGCUGUGCUCUCCGCCGCCGCCUUUGAUGGACACAUCAGCAUCUACUCCAUCAUGGGCGGUAGCAACCAGAAUCAAAUUCAGCAACCAGUAGAUCAGAUCAGUGCCUCUUUUGGGAACAUGGACCCCUUUGGGAUGGGACAAGCCCUGCCCCCUCUCCAGCUACCCCAAUCCAGUGCCCCCCAAACCACCAUAACACCCCUAAAGAAACCUCCCAAGUGGAUCCGCAGGCCUGUUGGGGCCUCGUUUGCUUUUGGGGGAAAACUGGUCUCCCUGGAGAACGUCAAGCCAACACCCCAGCAGCCACAGCAGCCCACUCUCCACAUUGUUCAUGUUAGCCAGGUUGUCACGGAAACAGACUUCCUCGACCGCUCCAGCAAGCUGCAGGCCACCAUGACAGCUGGAAAUUUUGUGGACUUCUGCCAGUCAAAAAUCGAGGCUGCCCAGAGCGAGUUUGAAAGGACCCUGUGGUCUUUCUUAAAGGUCAAUUUUGAGGACGACACACGUGGAAAAUACUUGGAACUUUUGGGAUAUAAGAAAGAGGAACUUGCUUUAAAGAUUGAAGCAGCACUCCAGAAAGAAGAUAUUACACCAGAGGAGCCCGUUUCUGCUCCUGAUGCUGAACCUCAGCCUGUGCCCGUCCUUGAACCUCAGCCUGCCCUCCAGCCCAUUUCUGAGCCCCCGCCCGCUCUCGACCUUCAGCCCGGACCGGAGCUUGAGCUUAAAGUUGCGGGUGACCCUCUACUUGAGCCCCAGUCCCCGCCCGCUGAGCUUUCUCCAGAACCCGCGCUUGUCCUUCAACCUGAGCUAACACCCGAGGCGCCGCUUGACAUUACGCCUGUGCCACAGCCCGAGCUUGUUUCUCAGCCACUCCUCGAUGUCGUACCUGAGUCACAGGUUCAGUUUAAACCUGAACCACCGUUUGAUGUCAUACCAGGAGCACAGCUUGACCAUGUACCUGAACUGCAGCUUGACGUUAUACCGGAAGCUCAGCCUUGCAUUAUUCCCCAACCUCAGAUUGACAUUAUUCCAGAAGCUCGGCUUGAUGAUAAACCUGAAGCCCAGCCAUGCAUUUUACCAGAAGUUCAGUUUGAUGCUAUACCUGAAGCUCAGCCAAGCAUUUUACCAGAAGUUCAGUUUGAUGCUAUACCUGAAGCUCAGCCAAGCAUUUUACCAGAAGUUCAGUUUGAUGCUAUACCUGAAGCUCAGCCUUGCAUUUUACCUGAAGCUCAGUUUGAUGCUAUACCUGAAGUUCAGCCUUGCAUUUUACCUGAAGCUCAGUUUGAUGCUAUACCUGAAGCUCAGCCUUGCAUUUUACCUGAAGCUCAGUUUGAUGCUAUACCUGACGCCCAGCCUUUGAUUAUGCCUGAACCUCAGCUUGGCCCUCUGUCCCAGCCGCCGAUUGAUGUUUUGGCUCAGCCGCAGCUGCUUGCCGUUAUGCCUGAACCGCAGAUUCAUUUUCCACCUGAGCCUCAGCUUGGCGUACCCGAACCAUACCAACAUCCUCUUCCUGAACCACAGUUUGACCUUAUACCUGACUCCCAUUUUGGCCUCAUUCCUGACCCUCACUUCAACACUGCGCAGUUUGCCCCUAUACCUGACCCUCAGUUUGACCCUAUACAAAUGCAGUUUGACCCUAUACAAACACAAUUUGACACUAUACAAACACAGCAGUUUGACACAAUACAAACACAACAGUUUGACUCUAUUCCUGUACAACAGGUUGACUCUAUACCUGUACAGCAGGUUGAACAUGUACCUGCACCACAGGUUGACUCUAUACCUGUACAGCAGGUUGAACCUGUAACUGCACCACAGGUUGACCCUAUACCUGAACCCCAGGCUGAUGUUGAACCCGAACCUCAGCUUGACCUUAAACCUCCAGUUGACCUCACAUCUGAACCCCAGCUCGAUCUGGAACCUGAAGCGGAACCUGAAGCUGAACCGGAGAUUGACUUGGGGUCUGAGGAGAUCACUAAUGCGGAACCUGCUCUUCAAGAGGAAGAGGUCAAUCUGAAUGAGAUGGAAGAGAAAGAAGCCGAUGAAGGAGAAGUCUGUGUGGAGGCCACAGAUGCAAUUAACCUCAAAGUCACUGAAGGCGUGGACGGACUGAUAACCGAGGCCUUGCUUACCGGGGAUUUUGAGAGUGCCGUGGAGCUCUGUCUCCAUGACAACCGCAUGGCAGACAGCAUCAUCCUGGCCAUUGCGGGGGGACCAGAGCUGCUGGAGAAGACUCAGAAGAAGUACUUUGAGAAGACAAGCAGCAGAAUCACCAAGCUGAUCAGCGCCGUGGUUACCAACGAUUGGCGGGACAUCCUGGAGACGUGCGACCUGCAGAAUUGGAAGGAGGCGCUGGCGGCGGUGCUGACCUAUGCAAGCCCAGAGGAGUUCUCCGCUCUGUGUGACCUGCUCGGGUCUCGUCUGGAGGCGGACGCCGAUCUGCAGCCCCAGGCCUGCCUGUGCUACGUCUGCGCUGGUAACGUGGAGAAGCUGGUGGCGUGCUGGGCCAGAGCACAGGAGAGCCACUCCCCCCUUUCUCUGCAGGACCUGGUGGAGAAGGUGGUGGUGCUGCGGAAGGCCGUGGAGCAGACGCAGGGCGCCAGCCCUGUGGUGGUGGGUACCCUCCUGGCCGAGAAGAUGAGCCAGUACGCCGGCCUGCUGGCAUCACAGGGCAGCCUGCUCACCGCCAUGGCCUACCUGCCUGAAAACAGCGACCAGGUAGCCAUUCAGCUCUUGCGGGAGCGUCUACGCAGAGCCCUGGGAGAGGAGACAGCCACGCCCACCCUGCCUGCCGCCCCAGGCCCCGCCCAGCCUGCCCCGCCCUCCCAACCCGCCCAGCCGUCGGCCCCGGUGGCCGCCCCAGCCGUGCAGGCCUAUGCCCCAGUCCAGCCCCCCCAUACCCCCCACCCCCCUCAGCCCACUCAUGUGCCGACAGCUCCACCUCAGUAUUACCAGCAGGUUAGGUCUGCCUCUACUAUCACAUCCUGGAGUAACCAAACCCCCACAGCUCUUCCCAGUAUCCCUGCUCCGGUAGGCCCCGCCUCAGAUCCGCAGGCUCCGGGCCAGGCAGAACCUGCACCCCCGGGGUUUGUGCUGCAGCCCCAGGCCGCCCCCCCUGUGCCGGCCUCCAGCGGCGCGGGAUACCCGUACUCCCAGCAGUACCCCCACCCUUACCCCCAGAUCCAGCAUUACGUCCCUGGAGCUGGGGGACCAGCUAUCUAUCAGCCUCACCAGUACACAGCUGCCGCACAUCCUCAUCUUCCUCCCUCCUCUUCCUCCCCUGUGGCUGCCUAUCCACCCUACAUGCACCCACCCACCUCCCACCCUCCCCAUCCAGUCUUUCCCUCUCCGGGGGUGUCCGGUGGGCCCUCUCCUCUCGCUCAUCAUCCUCCUCCUCCUCCGACCUCGUCCUUCUCUCCUCCGACCUCGUCCUUCUCUCCUCCUCCUCUGUCCUCCGGAGCCUCCUUUCAGCACAGCGGGCCCGGAGCGCCCGCCUCCUACCUGCCUCCUCCGCCCACAGGACCAACAGGUACAGAGCCUGAGCCCAACCUGGUGCCCGCCUCACAGAGAACAGGGGGAAUGAAUGGCCAAGACACAGCUGGUUUUAUGGAAGGGCCUCAGAACGGUUGGAACGAUCCUCCUGCUUUGAGCCGGGUGGCAAAGAAGAAGAAGGUCCCAGAGAACUACACCCCCCCUGCCCCGAUCACUGCGCCAAUCAUGGCCCCCCUGGGAGACCCCCAGGCACAAGCGCAGGUGCAGGCUCCACCCACGCUGCAGCCCCAGCAGCUCCCCACAGGCCAGCCUGGGGUGCAGGCCCCUUACCCCGGCCACCAGCAGCCCCUUGCCCCGCCCCCUAGGCAGCCCACCAUGCCGAAGGCGAACGUUGAAGGUGCACCAGGAGCUCCUAUUGGAGACAUCAUUCAGCCCGUGCAGGCCAUGCCUGCGGAGAAGAUCACCAAGAAGCCCAUUCCGGAGGAGCACCUCGUCCUGAAGACCACAUUUGAAGGGCUGAUUCAGAAAUGCCUGGCUGCUGCCACUGACCCGCAAACCAAGAGGAAGCUGGACGAUGCCAACAAACGCCUGGAAUUACUGUACGAUAAACUACGAGAGAAAACUCUCUCCCCGGCGAUCGUGGGCGGCCUGCACAACAUGGCGCGGAGCAUCGAGGCGCGCUCCUACGCGGACAGCUUGAACAUCCACACCCACAUCGUUAGCAACAGCAACUUCAGCGAGACGUCCGCGUUCAUGCCAGUGCUGAAGGUGGUUCUCACGCAGGCCAACAAGCUGGGGGUGUGACUGGGAGGGGCCUGCCCCUGGCACACUCAUGAUGCCAUCAGAAUCACUACGACUGCAACGUUCAUACCGGGACAUAGGACCAAACAGUGUUGCUUUUGCCAUCUCAUCAUUGCUGAAAUUAACGUUGGUGCGGCCCAUCUUUUUUCUUUUUAGAUUUUUUGUCUUGUUCUCCGUAAUUUUUUAAUUCUUUGUUUUAAAAAAAAACAAAAAACUUUUAAUCAUGAAAUCCAGACAGAGCAGAGUGCAAUGAGAACUUUUUUUGAACUUAAGUUUUUAAUCAGAAUUAUCCUAUUAAAGAUAAUACAUGCUUUUGAUGAUGGAUCGUUGGCAGGGAAACGCCAAAGUGUCACAGAAAUCUGUUCAGUGUUUAUCUGGAUGCCAGGUUAAAUAGGAGGGAUGGAUUGUCCUUGACGUGCCCUACGGAUGUCAUUUGAACAUGUUUAUCUAUGUUUUUUCUUUCUCUUCAUUAUGUCUUUUUUGCUUCCUAUCUCUCUUUUUUAAAUAGAAAGUAAGAGGAAACUUCCCUUAUUCUGUCACAAAUGUCUCAUGUCAUCAAUGAAAUAGGAAAUUUAAGACCAACAACAUGCAAUAUUUUCAAUAAAUAGUAUUUAUUUAAAAACGUGGUUGUAUUGCAUUAACACAGAUUUCUCUGUGAUACAUUGAACUGAAUACUAAACAAGAUGUUGAAUGUGCAUAUCAGACUUAGCCUUCCCACUUCUAAAGCUGUUAGCCAGUCAUUUCGAAACAAUAGGGUUAGAAAUCUCCCCAGACAGUGGCCGCACUCCCUGGAUAGAGAAAUAUGUCCCAUGUUCAGGUUUCAAAAGGGUUUUUUGUUUUGUUUUAUACUUUGUCAUUGAUCUUGAAACUGUACUUCAAGCCGACCUCACAUAUCUCUCUCAGGUGUUUGUGGGUUGUUGUAUGACUCCUACAGGAUUGUUUUAAUGAGCAAUGGCUGCUUGUGGAUGAUAAUUGCCUAUGUUGUCUGACGGACCCAAGUAAUGAUCACAAAGCAUGAACCUGUUCAUUCGGUAGAUUCAAAGGUAGAUGAAAAUGAUGGAUGCGAGAUCAACACCAUCUUAGGAAAAUAAAGGGAAUUGUUUGGAUUUUU